GCCCAUCCCGUGGAGACAUGGCGCGCUCUCUUGUCGGAUUGCUGGUAGCGGCGUCUUGUGCUGUUCUGUCUGCGUCGGGCGCUGCGACUCCGUACGUGCUCAGUAAGCGGGCUAUAUCGCAGGACGUCUAUGACGAUCUCCUGUGGUACUGGCAGUACGCUGAUUCGACGGCGAUCAGCAACUGCGCGAAGCCGAACGGAAACGUGUUAAUCACGGAGUUUGUGAGCAACCCGCUCAUCGAUUCGGAAGGCUUCAUCGCACGGGAUGACAACCGGAAAGAGAUCGUCAUCUCCUUCCGCGGAUCAACCACUAUUCAGAACUAUAUCUCGGAUGUAGAGCUCGUUCUCAUUCCUUACGACAUCGCCAACGUCACCGCCCCAUUCGGCACACUCGUUCACACUGGAUUCUUGACGGCCUACAAAGCGGUUGCGACCGAGCUAUUGGCAAAUGUUACCGCAGUCGCUACAGAGUACCCGGACUACGCCAUCGUACCACUUGGUCACUCGCUUGGAGGGGCAAUUGCUUCAAUCGCCGCGGUCUCUCUCAAAGCUAGUUUUCCCGACCGCCCGAUGCGGCUCUAUACGUACGGUCAACCGCGCACUGGAAACGCCGUCUACGCGACAUGGGUCAACGACAACUUUGCAGACAACUCGUUCAGAGUUGUGCACAGAGACGAUUGUGUACCCCAACUGAUAGUCGAAGCUAUUGGCUACCAACACCACGGGACUGAAUACUGGCAACUCACGGAUCCGUCAUCACCCGGCAAUUUCGUGCACUGCGCUGCCGGUGGAGAAGAUCCGACAUGUCAAGACUCCGUUCCUCUGACGUCGUUGAAUUGUACGGACCACGUCACGUAUAUGGGGAUUCCUACUGACACACCGUUUUGCACUUGAAGGCGGUGCGAAUCGGGUGUUCAUGGACGCUUUGACGAACAGAAACUGAUUCCGUGUGCACUAUACCUUGAGUGAACGUACGAAUUAUUAUCAUGGCUCUGAGAAUACUAUGACGAUGUCGACGAAACACAAAAAUCAAGAGUAGCUUUGGCGGAAAUACGUGAGAAAUCUGCUUAGUCACACAUAAUUUUGGGUCCUUUUGUGGGAAUUAUGCAUAGUUAUCCUCCAUAUAUAGUUAUUUAUUC